AUGGAACUGAGGUUCAGCGAGGUGGUACUAAUUCGACUCUACCUCAUCCACAAAAACGUUUCGUUCUUGCAAAAAGAACCCUGCGGCAUCCCUAAAAAAAAAGAGGGCGCGGCGGCUACAGGCGAUGCAAGGACUGGAUCCGUGGCCAGAGGCAGCUUCUGGCGGCGGAGGGCUCGCGAUGCGCAGCCACCCCCAGGUCUAGGGUUCCCCUUUCUUCUUCUCCACGCGAAUCAGGUUACUAGCACCAGCAUCGAUGGCGGCAGCAGCACCGGCGGACGCGAAGGCGGAGGCCGCCAAGAUGGACCUCCUCGAGGACGACGACGAGUUCGAGAUCGACCAAGCCGCGAGCCAACAAGUUGUUCCAGUCUAGGGGCAGCCAUGGUUUCGCCAUGUGGGUUGGUGGCAGAGGCCAGACCAAUGCUCCUUGCGGUGACAUCUAAGUCGCGGAAGGUGUCGCCAAUGACGAUGUCCACCAAUACAACCAAUCAUAUGGUGUCGAAUUCAUAUUAUUUUGUGAAGAAUUGGAGUACAGCCAACUGAAGGCCACCACCACCAUCUGACCUUAACCUGUGCAGUGUCGAAUUCAUAUUCUUUUGUGAAUAUUUGGAGUACAGCCGACUGAAGACCACUUAUCAUGCUUAUGAUUGUGGCUACUUACAGCCAAUCAUAUGCACCUAGAGUGAUAUGUUCUUUGUCAUAUCAUGUAUGUAGUUCCACGAACCUCAUAUUGGAUAUGAGUGAUUUGUAGAGAAUUCUUGAUUUUCUUUUCAUUAUUCAUGCAAGAUGAUGUUUCCUUAUUUUUUCCCUAUAGUAUAUGAUAAUUUCGUAAUUACUUA